CCAUCUCAUUGUCCAUCCCCUCUCUCUCUCUCUCUUUCUCUCUCUCCCCCACCACAAAUCUCUCCAAGACUAAAGAAAUGGGCAUCAAGAAACCAGCAAGACUAACGCAGACAGCAAUGCUGAAGCAGAUUAUGAAGAGAUGUUCGAGCUUGGGAAAGAAGCAAGGCUACGACGAAGACGGCCUCCCACUCGACGUACCGAAAGGACACUUCCCUGUCUACGUGGGGCAGAACAGAAGCAGAUACAUUGUCCCGAUCUCGUUCUUGACUCACCCCGAGUUCCAAUGCCUUCUCCGGCGAGCCGAGGAAGAGUUUGGCUUCGAUCACGACAUGGGUCUCACCAUUCCUUGCGAGGAAGUCGUCUUUCAAGCCCUAACCUCCAUGAUCAAAUGAACUAGAUGAUGAAGAAGAAGAAGGUGGCUAAAGACGAAGUUUUUCACAAGCUUCUCUUUUUUUCUAACAUCUUCUCUCUCUCUCUAAGUUUAACUCUUUGUUUUUUUAACGGCGAGAGUAUCCAAAUCUUAGGGUGAUCCGUUUUUUUUUUCUUUUUCUUAUUCUUGAGUCCAUCUAUCUAGGGUUUUUAGGGGUCAUAUAACGUGACCCUUCUAACAAGAAACCCAGAGAAUAGAUCGUGGGGGUUUAUUUAGAUCUUGUACAAAAUCUUCUCAUGUUUUCCUCACGGAACGUUGCUUUUGUUUUUAUUUGAUUCCGUGAGAGAGAUGUUAUUAUUAAUGCCAAGGAAAAAACAAUUAAACAUGCCU